UUGGAAGCUGUGUUGCACAGAGUGGAUGCAAUCACCCAAUACACGCGUCAUGGCUUCCGAGGAUGACAGUGGUUCGGAGGAGUUCGAAGUAUACGCUGCGGGCUGCAUUGAUUUCGGUACUGCGCCGCCAUUCACAAAUUUCGUCCCUAUGAGAUCCUACAAUGUGUUGAACGAGAUUGAGAAGGACAAAGACAAAGACGAGCGCUAUUUCCAUCUGGUGCAUCGGCUUCCCAAAAAUGACUCUUCUGGGUCGGAUCCCGAGACGACUGACCAAAACAGCUACAUGAAGCUUGUUCAGAAGCGAGUGGAACGAGCAACCAGGCUUUUGAGUGAGCUGCCUCUGCCAGAACAGCUGGUCUUCAUUGAUGCAGAGCCAACUUCUCACAAUAAUGCGGAUAAUUCCAGUGGUCCUACGCGUGUGGCUGUUGCUCACGCUGUACAGGAUGGUCCAAAAACCAGUGCCUUAGAGUCACAAGUGGUUGCCGCUAAAUGGCUGUUCUUUGGACCUGAUGUGUACCGCAUGGGUCUCUCACCGAGAGGCAGGUGCCUCAUCUUCAACAACGUCAAGUUUAAAUAUUACAAGGAGCCACGUUUUGGAUCUGAUCAUGACAAAGAUCGCAUGGAGGCCCUUUUCAAUGCAUUCUUGUUCAAAUGCGAUGUAUACCCUGACAACGAAGCCCACAAAAUGAAGGAACUCCUCGCUGAGGCAGCGCAGUCCGAAGAACUGGCGAGCGCCGACUGCUUGGUGGUAAUUAUGAUGUCACACGGAGACCAGAACAUGAUUGAGGGUGUGGAUGGUGACGAGCUCCACCUGGUCAAUGACGUCUACGCGCAGUUCAACAAUGACAAUUGUCCGGCCCUGCGAGGCAAGCCCAAGCUGUUCUUUAUCCAGGCAUGCCGGGGAGACAAGCGUGACACGGGGCCCAACACCACCUGUGACAAAGCUUCAGAUCCCAGGCCGGUAACCCCUGAAGAGCCUCACUCGUCACCCUUGUCGGACAUAUAUAUCGCCUACGCGUCCGUCCCCGGUUACGUUUCGCUCAGAAGCAGAGUGACUGGUUCGUGGUUUCUCUCGGCCGUGUACGAAAUCUUCAGUAAAUAUGCCUGCACCGAGCACUUGGAAACACUCAUGAAACUUGUGCAUGCUGAAGUUAUGACAAACAGCGCUGGCGACGGCGAGAAGCAGACACCGAGUCUAGACACACAAGGUUGGACGAAGAAGUUGUACUUUAACCCGAAAAAAUAUGUUGAGAGCUUGCCAGCCUAAAACGGGUUGAACUGUGACUUGUAGACCACAUUUUGUGUGUCAAUUGUAUUGUUAACGUUCCAGAAAUUUGACAAUUACACUGCCUAUGUGAACGCAAAAUGUGCCAGCGAUAAUUACUUUAACUUCUAUUAUCAGCCUCCCACAUUUGCGAACACGACUUUUUAACUAAAUCGCAAAACAGCAAACUUCUCCGUGUCUUAUAAAACUGGCACGUUUAUAACCCUGAGUGUUUUCACCGAUAGUCGAAGAGUGAGCAACAUAAGUAAGCAUUAGCACAUGAUGUGCAAAGUAAAAAGCAAAAUGGUGAGCCGAUCGCCAAGCAUGUGUCUGCUUAUACCUACCUGGUUAAGGUACUGCAAUUGCCAUUGUUUUAGUUUUUUCAUACAUACAACGAAAUUCGAACACAGGUUAUGCUCUUCGUUUUCUGAAAUUGUUCUGAAACUACUCGAAGCAAUGAAAUCCAGAGUUCACACUUAUCGGUCGCGCUUUUGCCAUAUUUCUAACUUCAGCCACCCUUCAUGGACCAUCGUUUUCUCCCUUUAAGUAUAAAACUUUUGCUGCAAUGUUUUCACCCUCUAAAUAUAAAAGUUUUGUUAAGAACCAGGUAACUUCAGAUUUUAAAACAGCAUAUCUCUUUUUUGCGUAGAUAAUUGCUGGGUAGUGAAGAAUAAAUGUGUGCUAAAUACCAUGUAAAAGAUGUUUUGCCACAAAAUUUCUAAGGUUCGUUUACAAUAACAUACAAAUAUUUCACAUACACUGAGUAGGCUUCAAGCUGAAGGAAAGUUGAUAAAGAUAGUGUUGUUUGAUAAUAAGAUCAGCAUUUUCUCUGCGCACCAUCAGAUAUCUCCUAGAACUUGACGCCAGGCUACCAAACCGAGUCAUGUGAUUUCACACAGCACUUUGGUUUUUGGCUACUUGUGAUGACGUCAUGUACUGAAACUUUCAAAACGACCACUGCUGCCUUACCAGACAUUUUAAAAUGAUCAACUGUAAGUCGCUAACAAAGCCGUGUAGUGAAGGGACCGUGGGAACAUAACGAUGCCUUGCGGAAGUUAGAGAAAUUCAUACCACGUUGAGACAUCAGAGAACAGUAGAAACCAAAUUUAGUUUUGAAAAAAAAAGUAAGGUAAUUAGUUGUCAAUGUGAACUCAUACUUGGAAGUAUGUUUUCUCGGUUCUUGAAGCUUGGUCUUCAAUUUGAAGCAAAAGAAAAGUAAAACCGACUAUGAAAGUGUUUGUGUCAGUUGCCCCUUAAAGCCCCUAAAGGAGGAAGUAGCACCGUUGAAUCGUUGUAUACUCACUGAAACCAUUAGCGAAUGAAGCCAAGCAGUUGUCUCAGGCAUAUGAUUUCCUCUUCAGAUAAAUGGCCAGUUUAGGCAAACGUGCGAGUGCUUGAUUAAAUGACUGCUGAAGCAGUAGGACUGCAUAGAUUCACUAGAUUUGCAAUCGUGGGCUAGCUCCAGUGAAAACAUGGGCGUAGCAUUCUUUCGCAAUGCUGCUUUGGAGUAAAUAUGCAUUUUUAAUUGGCAAUUCUUGGAGCAUAAUCAUAGUCCGACGCACAUGAGCUAAAGUCUGAGAACUAUCCCUUUGCUCUACCAUUUUUUUCAUGCGCUGAGCUUAGCUGCCAUAGAACAGUUCCCUUUCUAUUGCUUGGACAAAAAUAUAAAAUAUCGGGCAAAUUAGUUAAAUGGUAUGAACAGAAAGCACAUGCUCGUCUCACAUAAGUCAGAGACUAUUCUUCAUAGAGUGACACGGCCAAUGCAGUGCGUGUAUUAGUUUGAUUUUAAUGAUGUUUCGGCUCAUGUUAGAGUGAAGCUGUUUACCUUUGAUCUUCUGUUUCGGGGAUGGGAUGGGGGAAGAGCUGGUGGCGAUGGUAUCCUCAAUGUUUCGCGGUGGAACUAUUGUAGUGUAGCACCAAGUGCUGGAAGAAAGCCAGACAAGACAAAAUGGCAGAGGUUUAUUUUGCAGCCACUUUCAAUCAAAGAGCACAAUGCUUUACCCAUUUGCUUUUGUGAUGCGGAUGCCCUACUUGUGAAUGCCCUGCAAUGGCACUUUAAUUAUUCAAUGCUGUUCUUUCUGCUGAACAGACACGUUAUUUGCUACUCUCUAUGUACUCGAACCAUUUUUAUGUGAUGUAACUACUUGUGUUUGUAACACAGCUCGAUCUGUCAUAUUCUGAAGUAUAUUAAAUAGGUGUAAACAAAAUUUUCAAGACCAA